AGCCGCUGUGGCUUCAGGUUCGGUUGUCAGGUUGUCAAAUGUAUCCGUAUGUGCCGUCACCCCAUGCUGUUCUUGUGCUUGCUGUACCUGACCUUUGAACCACUGGCCGGCGUAGAUGUGGCGGUCGGCAGCGGCGGAGAGAUCCAUAAGCUGGUGCGGGUAGAGUCGCGACCCGCACGAGAGGGAAGCACCGAGGAAGAGGACCCGGAGGGCUUCUCGGGGGUGGAGGAGAAUCCGCUCACCCGGGACACCUGGCCGGACGGCACCUGGAACAAGGCGGACGAGUACUGUAGGGCCAAGGGAAAGCAGCUCUGCGACUACAAGAAGGUGUGCCCUUCAGGGCGCUCGAGACAGCCGGCCAUCCCGGGCGGUCAGAAGAAGUACGAGAUGUGGACGCCAGUGCGCAACCUGGACGAUCCAGACAAUCCGGUGGAAUGGGCGCAGGUGGGGACGCGGCACGUGGGGGACCUGUGCUGCCUCAUCUCCAGCGACUGCCACGGCAAGGUGAAGAACUUCCAGGGCUGGGGCCAGGUGAAGCCCUUCAACGGCUUUGUGUACUGCUGCGAGAACGACCUGCCAGCGAACCUCGAGGAGUUCAAGCUCAGCAAUCGGCACUGGAACGGCUCCUGGACGGAGGCCGCGUCCUUGUGCGAGAAGAAGGGCCUGCGGCUCGCGGAGUGGGGCGAGAUUUGCCCCAGGGGCCGCGGCAAAAGCGCCGUGGUGCCGCAGCUGGGGAAGCUCAUGUGGACGCCGGUGCUGAACAGCGGCGAUAAGAACAACAGCGUCCAGUGGGCGCAGGUGGGCCUGCGCAUGGAGGGGGACAUCUGCAAGCUGAUCACCGACUUCCCGGGCCACGAGGUGAACUUCCGGGGCUGGGGCGAGCUCAGGCCCUACACCGAGUACAUCUACUGCAGGUCCAACAAAACCGUGCAGGCGGAAGACCCAAAGUCCGGCGCGAACCGAGGAGGGGCUUGGCCUCUGGCGGCCGCGUUGCUGCUGGGCUUUGUCUGGCCGUGAAUCGCAAAGCCGGUCGAGGUGAAAAGGAAGAUACCUUUUGCCCAGCGAAAGGACUUGCGACGCGUGAGACAAAAGCGGCGCGAGCCGCGCAGCACUCC